GCUCGGCAUCUGUUGCAUGAACUACCUAACCAUUUUGCUGUGUAAUCGAAAGCCACCGACGAUGCUCUCGCGGAAGAAAGACAAAAAUGCAGCAGCACACAAAGAGGGCGUUGUGGGCAAAUAUGUGAAGAAAGAGACUCCGCCAGAAAUACCGGUGAUCAAUGUGUGGUCUUUCGAUGACCAGAGAACAAAGCAAAAAUCCAAAACUUUGCAAAGGUGUGCUUCCGCUUCUCCCAGCUGUGAUGGUGGCUCAGGUACGCUAUCGGGACGUGGACGAUCCGGCAGCGUUAGUCGUAAUACGUAUACGGACACCCAGCCGGAUUAUUAUCAUGCACGAAGGGCAAAGUCCCAGUUGCCGCCAUCGACCAGUUCGAUGCGCUCGAACUUACCUCCACCUCAGACAAUACAACCCACACGACGCAUGCAGUCGCAGAUGCAGCAACAACAUCAGCAAUCGCAACAUCAUCAAUAUCAACAACAGCAAUAUCAACCUACGAUGUCCUCUCAUUCGUAUUAUUCGACCAAUAAUCUAGAUAUGUCUGGAAAUCACAAUCAUUUGGCAAGCAGCAGUAGCAAUUAUGUAAAUAUUGAGCAGAUCGACCGAAUGCGCCGUCAACAGUCUUCGCCUUUGCAGCACUCGCAAUCCAGCUACUAUUCCUCCAAUCAGAAACAUGCCAAUUCUUUUGACGGACACACGAAUGUGAUGAGGGAUCGUUUGGAUUCGUUUCAGUCCAAUAUGUUGCAAUUACCUCGUGGUGUUACGCCUAGACCUCAGACACCACCGCACCAGCACUACCAACAACAACAGCAGCAACCGCCACAACAACCUCAUCAUCCACCUUUGACCCAAAGUUAUUCGUCAGAGUCUUAUCCCAUAUAUGAGAAUCCCUAUCGUGUGUCCAACACCCUAACUCCACCGGUGCAUGGUAUGUCGCAAAUGUCGUUGUCCACACAACAUGACAAUCGUUCGGAAUCACCAAUCUACAGUAACACCACAUCAAUUGCCAGCAACAUUAAUCACUCACAUCAUAGUAACCAUCAAAUGUCUCAUCACCUGCAGACGUCGAAACACCUCUCGCCCACGUCCACCAAUUCGAUUAGCAACAACAACCAAAUGAUGUCUUCAUAUGAUCUCAGUUCACGUGCCACACCUCAUAGCCAUGCUCAGGUUAACUCCUCCUCCUCGAUGCAGUCUUUAUACCAGAAUACAGGAAAUAACAAUCAUAAUCCCUCGAGUGCACCAUCAUCGCAGCAGCAGCAACAACAGGCGCAACAGCAGCUGCGUAAACAUCCCUCUCAGCAGUCUCUGGAGGAAGAAUUACCCCUGCCUCCGGGUUGGGCAACACAUUACACUCUACAUGGUCGCAAAUACUACGUUGAUCAUAAUGCCCAUACUACACAUUGGUCUCAUCCGCUGGAACGUGAAGGUCUACCGGUCGGUUGGCGUACUGUUGUUUCCAAUGUUCAUGGUACUUACUACGAGAAUCAAUAUACCGGUCAAUGUCAACGUCAACAUCCUUGCCUUACGUCCUACUAUGUGUAUACCACAUCUGCGGAACCACCAAAAGCUAUACGUCCCGAAACGUAUACACCACCGGCUCAUACUCACAACGCAUUGGUUCCGGCCAAUCCCUAUCUACUGGAAGAGAUACCAAAAUGGUUGGUGGUAUAUUCGGAGGCCGAUUCAUCUAAGGAUCAUAUGUUGCAAUUCAAUAUGUUUAGUCUACAAGAAUUGGAAUGUUUCGAUGGAAUGUUAGUGCGUUUGUUCAAACAAGAGCUGGGUACAAUUGUUGGAUUUUAUGAGCGUUAUAGACGAGCUCUCAUUUUGGAAAAGAACCGACGUGCCGAACAAGAACGUUAUAUUCAGGAACUACAUGCUGCUGCGGCUGCAAAUGCGGCUAAUGUUAAUGCCAAUACGAAUAGCAAUAAUACAGUUGCCAAUCAUCUUAGCCAACAGCAACUUUGA